AUGAUUCCUUGGGUUCUCAUCUUUUUUGCCGGAGGCGCAUCCAGCUCAUUUUGCGGCAAAAGUGGUGUGCCCUUCAGCGUCGAAGUGCUGCCUUCAGGUGCUCCUGUGCUGGGAUGCGCUCAACCGUCAUGUCUUGCUCAACCAGCCGAUGAUGUUGAUGACAGCGUGUUCAACACCGACGCGUCUGGUCAAAUUGACGGCUUCUUUCGUGAGGGCGACAAUUCGCAUCAAGGGUACCUUCAAACAAACAAGCUGAGAGCGGUUCGUAACUUUCUUUUUGUUUUGGUUUUUUUGUUUGGUUCUUUACUGCGCUAGGA